AUCACAUUGACUGACAGUUCUGGGUAACUAGGUUGUGGGAAAGAAACACCUCUUCAGUCUGUUCACUGAGCUGCAGAGUUUUGAGCUUCAGCUGGGAUCUUACUCUCCAGUGUAUUUGCCAAGAGAAAUAUAUCCUCUCAGCAUGGCUCGUAGGCUGGAGUUAAAUCAUGAACUUUCUAAACUUUUCAAUGAGCUAUGGGAUGCAGAUGUCAAUCGCUUUGUGCCCGGGAAAGAUUAUACAAUUGACUUACAGGAAAAAGCAGGCUUUGUACAGCAGGGCAGCAGCAUUGCAAGGGACAGUGCAUCUGAACCUCUGUUUCGCUACGUAAAUGAAAAGCGUUUGAAGAGCACAAAAACUUUUGCAGCUUUUGUUUCCCUGUUGGACAAUUAUGAAACGUCAACUGGUGUAGCAGAAGUUGUGACCCCACAAGAAAUGGCUGAAAACAAUCGUUUUCUUGAUGCUAUCUUAGAAACAGAAGUAAUGAAACUUACUCAUCAAUAUUUAGUUAGAAAAAAUUGGUCAAAACCCAGUCUUAACGAUUUCAAGUCUCAGCUCUAUGACAUCUGGUUUCAGCUAUACACCAGGGAAGCGGGAAAGGGGCCUGAUUCCUGUGGAUUUGAACAUGUGUUUGUCGGAGAAACAAAACAUGGAAAAGAGAUUCUGGGUUUGCAUAACUGGGUACAAUUUUACCUUCAGGAAAAGCAUAAACAAAUUGACUACAAAGGCUAUGUUGCCAGGAGGAACAAGAGCAGGUCUGAUGAAGAUGAUCAAGUUCUGAGUCUACAGUUCAGCUGGAAAGGUCUAGUAAAACCUGUGGGAAGCACCUUUAUUGGUGUCAGCCCCGAGUUUGAAUUUGCCCUCUAUACAAUCAUUUUUCUGCAGUCUCAGGAAAGGGUCACUCGUGAGAUGGUGCAGAUAGAGGAGUAUGAACUACAGAUAGUUGUGUGUCGCCAUGGUAAAUACAUUGGAACAGCAUAUCCUGUCCUCCUUAGCAGCAACAAUGAAGAUUUGUAUUGAAAAGGAUCAAGUUAACCUGAAGUUCUUUCUCAGUUUAAUUGUAAUUUUGUAUAAUUUUAAAUGGUCUGUUUGGAAUAAUAUCCUUUUGUUCGGUAUUAAGAUGCUUAACCUAAGCUGUGCCUUUUAAAGAACUGUUCAGUGCCUGUCCAGGCUUUGAAAUCCUUUUUAUCACUGUAGCCAAGGAUGAAAGAAAUUGUACUAAAGUGCCAUCAUAAAGCUGUACUUUAACUUCCUGACCAGA